GAUGUGGCCAGGAGACCCACAGGCAAAAAAUUGACUCUCAACUCUCCACAGUUAAAAACAACCCAAUCAAUCUCUUCAAAUACAUAUCAUACAAAAGAUUGAGAUGUUCUUCCAGACUGGGAACUUGAGAUUUCUACACAGUUUAUCAUGUAUGUAUUAUCCUUCUCUUAGCUCUUUUUGGUCAUACUAGUAACAUACUAACAUCUACUAAUAGAAUCAUAAAUUACAGCUGAAUUUUUGUAAACUCAUCAAUACCACAUGUUUAUAAUAUAUUCACUCUGAUGCAAUUCUUAAGUUCUUGAAUCAAAAUUAUUCAACAUUCAGCUACAUCAAUUCUUGAAUUAGGGUACUUAUACAUUUAAAGAUUAUAGCUUGAAUACAUGUCUGCCUUUAUAAAUUCAGUGUCACCUAUAAAGAACCCAUCUGUGGAACAGUCAAGAAAAUGUAGUGGGUUUUCUUGGCAGAUUCCACAUGUUCAAUCCUUUUCUUUUACUAAGGGGUUUUCUAGAGUUUUUGCUUCUGCCCAUGUGGCUAUUUCUCCUAAAGAUAGUGUUUUUACAAUUCCUAAUUGGAGAAAUGGGAAGAAUGAUGGUAGGAGUAAAGAUUAUAGGCUCAAUGAUGCUUUUUUGUACAUGGAAUACAUGGUUGGUAAGGGGCACACAGCGGAUGUCGGGAAUGCAACUCAGUUGUUGUAUGACUUAUGCAAGUUGAAUAAACUGCGUAAAGCAACUAGAGUAAUGGAAAUGAUGGUUAGUUCAGGCACCACACCGGAUGCUGCUUCGUAUGCUUAUUUAGUUAAUCAUUUGUGUAAGAAGGGAAAUGUGGGGCACGCAAUGCAGUUGGUUGAGAGGAUGGAGGAGUAUGGAUAUCCGAUGAAUAUUGUUACAUACAAUUCUAUAGUUCGAGGUCUUUGCAUGCAUGGGAAUCUGAAUCAGAGCUUGCAGUUUGUGGAUAGAUUGAUGCAGAAAGGGCUAAUGCCAAAUGCGUUUACUUAUGCAAUCUUGCUAGAAGCUGCUUAUAAAGAAAAAGGGGUCAAUGAAGCGAUUAGGCUCUUAGAUGAUAUAAUUGACAAGGGUGGAAAUCCUAAUCUGGUUAGUUAUAAUGUGUUGUUGACUGGGAUGUGCAAGGAAGGCAGAACAGAUGAGGCUCUUGCAUUCUUCAGGAAUAUGCCAUCCCAAGGGUUUAAUCCGAAUGUUGUGAGCUAUAAUAUCUUAUUGAGGAGCUUGUGCCAAAAUGGACGAUGGGAUGAAGCCAAUGAACUUUUAUCUGAAAUGGUAGGUGAGGAGCGGGCACCAUCAGUAGUCACCUACAAUAUAUUAAUUGCUUCCCUUGCUUAUAAUGGAAGAGUUGAUCAUGCCUUCGAUGUGUUGGAUGAAAUGUUUGAUGGACCUUUUAGACCCACAGCGGCCACCUUCAACCCAAUAAUAUCACGUCUCUGCCAAGAGAAGAAGGUAGAUGCUGUGGUUAGAUGUCUGGACCAAAUGAUAUACCGACAAUGUAAUCCAAAUGAUGGGACAUAUAAUGCUAUUUCUGUGUUGUGUAAGGAGGGGAUGGUAAAAGAGGCUUUUUCUGUAUUCCGGGGUUUGUGUGAUAAGCAAAAUUCAUCUUCUUAUGAUUUCUUCAAGAAUGUGAUAUCUGCCUUGUGUAGGAAAGGAAAUACAUAUCCAGCUCUUCAGCUUAUGUAUGAAAUGACAAAAUGGGGAUUUACUCCUGGCUGCUACACCUACUCGUCUUUGAUCAGGGGAUUGUGCAUGGAGGGCAUGCAGAAUGAGGCAGUGCAAAUACUCUACAUCAUGGAGGAAAGUGGCUACAGACCUGAUAUUGAUAAUUUUAACGCUCUUAUACUUGGCCUCUGCAAAUCUCAGAGAACAAACAUGUCCUUGGAGAUUUUCGAGAUGAUGAUUGAGAAAAACUUUAAGCCUAGUGAGACAACAUAUACCAUAUUGGUGGAAGGGAUAGUUCAUGAAGGAGAAAAGGAGUUGGCAAUUAUGGUUUUGGAGGAACUGCAUGCAAAACAAGUCAUAAGUCAGAGUACAAUGGAAAGGCUAGUUAUGCAGUAUGACCUUGACAAGUUAUUGGUAUAAAGAGUCUUUCGGAAAUAUUUAGUGAUUGCAGCCGUCACUCUAAAAAUUAACACUAGCUGAUGUGUAGCCCUGCAGCAACUAAUUCAGGAGCAACUGAGGGAGCUGUGAACAUUCUUCUUCGAGCAAGGACUCGGUCAAUCAACGGUGUCUGGGACUCAUUGCAUUUAACCCUAUAAACACAAGCCUACAGGCUAUAGCAAGGUUGAGUAGCUCAGUUCUUUCAGGCAUUACCCUCCCUGUUUCAGGCACUACUUUUUAUCACAAAUUCUCUCCUCUUUUAAGCCUAGUGUUCAAAUUAAUACUUAUAUCAUAAUUUACUAUAAAUCGAUACUAUACUAUGCUCUUAAAGCCAACAUACAUUAGUAAAUUAGUUCAUAAAUUGCUUUUGUUUUA